AUGACGGCGGAGGUGGGGAUUCGUCGGAGGCAGUGCUUCGGCGAGCGGCGGCGGCGGCUGCUGGGUUGUUUGGUUGGACUGGGAUCAGUUUUCUUCUUGAAGACCCCACGCACAUCUCUAUCCCUGCAGCUGACCCCUCCACCGCCACUGCUCUCUCUUUCCGAUGUGAUUGACCACCGCCUUGCCGCUCUGGACCGAGCCCUCUUGAAGGCUCCCGUUCGUUCCACUUCUUGCCCGGCGAGCGCGACCACAUUGGAGGUGGUUCUCCCUCGGAUGGCGCUUCCUCUUCCGGCGUUGUGCAUCCGUUUUGCGCGGUGCUUGGCGGCGGCGAUGAGAGGGCUGCCUCAACGCCAUGUCCAGCCUCAAGCCGUCUUACGCAUCCGGGCGGCGGCGGCCCUCGACCAGCACGUGAAAGACGGGCUGGGCGGUUGUCCCGUACUCCCGAGAUGUGGUGAUUUCGGAUCGAGCGCGCCCCACAUCCUGGCUUGGCGAGCCAACGACCGGCUGGAACCGUCGUCGUGGCCAUAUAUCGAUGUACCCCUUGAUCGUACUUAUGUGAGUCAUUGCUUCCCGUGCCUAUUUCCACGGUUGUUCUUCCGUGUAUCACGGACCUCCCAGGAUGGUCGAUGCGUUCUUCGAUGGCCAGACUAUCCACGUCAAGCAGCGGCGCAAGAAGGGCUCAGACGAGGUCGUUAUCUGGCGGUGCGUCUACACAUCCAAGCACAUGUUGUAGACUCCGGUCGUCGCGCGUUUAUGCUGCAUGGAAGCAUUGGAAGCGAGAAAUUCUUCAUAGCCGACAUGCCGAGGCGCCCCUGCUCCUUGCCCCUCCGCCUCGGCGUCAACUGCAGGAUGACGAUUACGCGAUGGCUGCCUCUUCUUCUCUCUACGUCGACUGCCCUGUCGCCCACGCUGCGUCGCGUGCUUCUGCCUUUGGGGGGCCUCCUGCUGCGUCACGUGUGUGCGCGGGUCGCGUGCUGCCGCUGCAGCAUGUGUGAUGAUGUGUACCUUUGUGCGUGUGUGGGUGCUUCGUUCUAGGCUUGUGUGUUGCCAGAUGUGUUUGCAUCAAAUUUGAUGACCAGCCUAACCCCAAGUCUGACCUGAUGCCUGAAACAUGAAGCUACCUGCAAGAAGUUCGAUUCAGAAGCUUGCAAAUGUUCAAAAUUCAGAAUUUUCAGAACAGAGCAAAACAGAGAAGGCAAAGAAGGAACAACCAGGAUGCAAGCUUAUCCGACCACUCACUUCUAUGAUUUACAAUCUUGCUUAGUCAGUGUUCAAAUUAUUGUAAUGUUUACGCCUAGAAAGUCUUAACUAUAUAAACCGUGUAUAACCACUGUAAAAUCACUGCCUCUUCAAUAUAAAGGGCAGCCCAGAGGUUGCAAGUUUCAGAACUUGAAUGUUGUGCACCAGACUGCAAAAUUUGGGAAACUCCUAAGCAUGAGUAUGUCAAUAUAUUCUCUUGCUGAAAUUUGGUUACUAAACAAGAAAAGUUCUAAUCAUGUAGGUAUACAUGUUAUAGGUUUGCUCUAUUGUUUUUUUAUUUUGUGUUCGGCUUCCUGACUGAUAAUAUGUGUUCUGCUGCAGCUAGUGUACAAGUCAACAAUAUGUUUGCACUGAUUGAUAUUUUUCGGAUUGCUGUUGCUUCUUGAGUCCGAUGGUUCAUGGAGCAGCUGACGUUGAUCCCCUUCCAUAUGAUGCAGUGGACAUGAGCAUGGUCAUGCAGACUAAGUGCAAGCCAGGAAGAUCGAGACUGGGUCUUGAUUCAGGAGGUUAGUAUAAGGCAAGGUUGUUUUAGUUUCUCAAUCAUGACACAAUACCCAUCAGGUAUUGAGUUGGCAUUUCAAAACUGGGAUUAGUCGAUACUCAAUAGUAGGACUUGAAUAGUAGAGAUGUGAAGCGGAAGAAAGCAGAGCGACUAAU